CAACCCAGCUAUAAAAGCAAAAUCUCAAGCAUUGAUGUGCAUUGUGGCCUACUGUUUUGCUUUUUCCACUACCUCGUUAAAAGUUAAAACUCCCACCCUCUCCGUCCACCCACCACGAUGGAAGGGAUCCCACCGCCGCCGCCGCCACCACCACCAUCCACCACUCUUCUUGGCAAAUACAAAUUGGGAAAAUUACUGGGCCGUGGCAGCUUUGCCAAGGUCUACCAGGCCCAGUCCCUAAAGGACGACACCUCUGUGGCCGUCAAAAUCAUCGACAAGUCGAAAACCGUUGACGCCGCAAUGGAACCUCGGAUAAUCCGAGAGGUGUUAGCCAUGAAACGACUCCACGACCACCCAAACAUCCUUAAAAUCCACGAAGUCAUGGCCACGAAGACCAAGAUCUAUCUCGUGGUCGAACUCGCCACAGGUGGCGAGCUCUUCUCCAAAAUCUCGCGCCGAGGCAAACUCGCCGAGCCAGCCGCGCGCCGAUACUUUCACCAGCUCGUCUCGGCUCUAAGCUUCUGUCACAAAAACGGCGUCGCUCACCGCGAUGUGAAGCCGCAGAAUAUCCUGUUGGACAAGGACGGAAACCUCAAAGUCUCCGACUUCGGUCUCUCGGCUUUGCCCGAACAGCUCAAAAAUGGCUUGCUUCAUACGGCUUGUGGGACCCCGGCUUAUACGGCUCCCGAGGUUGUCUGUCGGCGGCGCGGCUACGAUGGGACGAAAGCCGACGCGUGGUCUUGUGGGGUUAUUCUCUUUGUGUUUCUCGCAGGUUAUCUUCCGUUCGAUGACAGUAACAUCGUUACGAUGUUCAAGAAAAUCCAUCGACGAGAAUAUCGGUUCCCAGAUUGGUUUUCGAAGUCGGCGAGGCAUGUUAUAUUUCAGCUUCUGGAUCCGAAUCCCGAUACAAGAUUGAGCAUCGAGAGCCUCAUGCAAAACUCGUGGUUUAAGAAAUCGUUGAGACCAGUGGAAGAGAAGAGUGUGUUUGAAUCGAGUAGUUGGAAGUACGAGUACAACAUGUCGUGUACGAAUGCGUUUGAGAUUAUAUCGUUGUCUUCUGGGUUGGAUUUGUCCGGGUUGUUUAUGGAAACGACGGCGUGUGGGAAGAGAGAGAAGAGGUUGUUGUUUACGUCGAAGGUGAAAGGGGAUGUGGUGAGAGAGAGAGUGAGAGAAGUGGCUGGGAGAUUAGGGUAUAGAGUAGAAGAAGGGAAAAGUGGUUUUAGCGUAGGGUUGGGGAAAGGGAGGGUGGUUUUGUUGGUGGGGGUGGUGGAAAUGACGCCUGAAUUGGUGUUGGUGGAGGUGAAAGUGGUGGAGGGUGGGGUUGAGUUUGAGGAGCAUCAAUGGAAGGAUUUGAAGGCUGGGUUUGAAGACAAAGACAUUGUUGUUGCUUGGCACAACAAUGAUAUUAAUGUAAUGUGAAGAAUUUUCAAAGGAAAAUUGAUUUUGCCGGAGGUGGUAGAAUUAUUAAUGUAAUGUUGAGACACUUUUGUUGUUUAUAUCUUGAUGAUGAUGUUGGGAAAAUGGGUUGAUCUUUGUACAUCAAAUUACUUAGAUUUAUUAGGCAAGAUUUAAGAUUUUGAAGGUUUGUUUUCUUGGUUGAUCUAAUUAAUGAGUUUGUACAUGUAUUUCAAAUUCAUCAGUAGGUUUAGUAUAUUAAAAUACUAGUAAUCUCUCUUUUGUUC